CUUAGUUUUGUAAUUUAAAAUGCAAUCGCCAGCUCAAAAAUUGUUCGAAAAAGUGGAGUAAUCAGAAAAAAGCUACUUUGAGGCGGCAUAAAAACAAACACGAACGAUUUUACAAAUAUUGUGCAAAAUCUGCGCGCGUGUGUGUGAGUGAAAAAUAUUCCAAAAAUGCGCAGCUCACAACGCGCACACAUACACACACACGCUAGCUGAAAUUUCUUUAUGCAAAGCAAGCAGCGAGUGCGAGUACAACCAACAGGCCACAAAAAACAGCGCAAGAAAGUGAGCGAAUUACACGCGUUGUGCAAAAAAAAAUAGUCUAGCCAUUAAUACUAAACUUGAGAGAUACACACACAUAUCAGCAUAUCCAUUAUUGGCAUGCGGUUGCCAACUCCAAAGAUCUACAUCUGCAUCAUCAACAAAGGCAUCGGCAGCAACAACUAAUGGAUCAAUAUCAUCAUAUCAGACAUCAUUAUCCACCCACACCACCAACAACAGCAGCAGCAAUAAGCGCAACAGGCGCUGCCACCAACAAUCGACCGGAAUUGCAUCAAAAAUGCAAUCGCGGCUCACAUUCGAGUGACACAAGUUCAGCGUACAGCGGUAGCGACACAAUGGCCUCUGCCUACGGCUCAUCGCUGGAGGCCGAGGAGAUUGAUCUCUCCGGCCUCGUGGAGUCGGUGGUGGACUCCGAUGAGGAGGAUCUCGCCGAAAGCAUAGAUAGUCUCAAUGUUCGCGACGCAGUGCGCGAUUGCCUAGAGAAGGAUCCAUCAGAGCGUACCGAAGACGAUGUGGAAAUCUUGCUGGAAUUCACACAAGGCCUUAAGGCCUUCACCAACAUUACGCUGGCUGUGCGGCGUGCUCUUUGCUCCGUCAUGGUCUUUGCGGUUGUGGACAAAGCUGGUACUGUGGUCAUGUCCGAUGGCGAGGAGUUAGACUCCUGGUCGGUGUUAAUCAAUGGGGCCGUAGAAAUCGAGCAUGGGAAUGGCACACGGGAGGAACUACAGAUGGGCGAUUCGUUUGGCAUUCUGCCCACGAUGGAUAAGCUCUAUCAUCGGGGAGUGAUGCGUACCAAAUGCGAUGACUGUCAAUUUGUGUGCAUCACGCAAACAGAUUAUUAUCGCAUCCAGCAUCAGGGUGAGGAGAAUACACGCCGGCACGAAGAUGAAGAGGGUCGAGUGGUAAUGGUAACAGAAUUGCGUUCUAUUGGCGGAAGUGGGGCAGAGUGUGCCGCAUCUUCUGCUGGAAGCAGUAUCACAGGAACCUCACUAAAUACAAAACGUGGCCAUGUGGUCAUCCGCGGCACGCCGGAGCGUCUGCUGCAGCAGCUCGUAGAGGAGAACUCAAUGACAGAUCCCACUUAUGUGGAGGAUUUCUUGCUCACACAUCGCAUAUUCAUUCAGAAUCCACAGGAGGUAACCAGCAAACUACUCCACUGGUUCGAUCUCGAUCAGCUGGAGUCGCACAAGUCGCAGGAGCUUCGUGAUCGUGUCACGCGUGUCGUGCUGCUUUGGGUAAACAAUCAUUUCACUGAUUUCGAGGCAGACCACGAGAUGAUGGAGUUCCUGGAAAUAUUCGAAGCGGGCUUGGAGCGCAAGAAGCUGCUGAGCCAGCUGCGUUUGCUGCACAUCGCAUGCGCUGCCAAGGCGCGCAUGAGGAGCUGCACACUGACGCGCUCCUCUCGCGAUGAACCGCUCAACUUUCAAAUCAUUGGUGGCUACGAGCUGCGCGGCGUGGCCGCUGCAACAGGAAAUGCCACAGUCGGCAUCUAUAUAUCACAGGUGGAGCCUGGAUCGAAGGCGCAGGAUGUGGGUCUUAAGCGUGGCGAUCAAAUACAUGAGGUUAAUGGAAACUCAUUGGAUCAUGUAACCAGCAAGAGAGCGAUGGAAUUGCUGACGAGCACCACACAUUUGAGCAUCAAUGUGAAGAGCAAUUUGCUGGGAUUCAAGGAGAUUAUGCAGGCUAUGGAACACAGUCAGAGCGGGAAUAAUGGCUCUGCAGGCGGCAGCAGCUCAGGAUCUUUCAAAGCAAUACGCAGCCCUCGACGCAUUUGCGCCAACGACAUAGCAAAGCUUCACGGACGCUCUGAGUCCACCACAGACGACCUGACCACAAAUCGAGCUCAUAUAGCUCGCCUCAGUUCGGUGGACAUGCUGAUGCAUGCGCCCGGGGAUCAAACUGAUUGUGCACCACCACAGACGCCACCCAUCAGUAGCGGCAGCAUGGCAUCGAAUUUUAUGCAACAGCUGCUGCAGAGUGUGAACACUUCGGCCAAGAAGUCAUCGUUAACUGGCGUGGAGCAGGCGCCAGAGGGUGUGACAGGCGCGAAGGCGGGUGGCUUUAUGACCCUGGCACCCAAACGUCGUCUGCAGAAGGCGUUGGCGAAGAUGAAUUUGCUCAACAAACACAUGGGUGGCCUGCAGCAGUCUAGUCUCAAUGAUUCCUCCGACACGCUGAUCAAUGAGGCAACUGCCAAUGGUGGUUUGUCCAAAACCAAACUGUCCACAACAUCCUCUGCCUCCUCAUCUAAUUCCACACAAUCGGCGGGCAACAGCUGCGCCGUUUCUUUACCCGGCAGCUCCAGUAACGGCCGUCUCUAUCAAUCCCGCUCCAAUCCAAACCUCACCACGCUUAACUAUGAGGACACCAAUGCGCUGCAUGUCAACUAUUUGAAUUCCCACAUUCAUCGACCAUCAGCAGCGAGCACGUUGACAAGCAGUUCAGCGCACAUGCUGCCCGAUUACCCGGAGCACGUGCUCAAGGUGUAUAAAUCGGAUCAGACCUGCAAAUAUGUACUCAUCUACAAGGAGACGACGGCUCAUGAGGUGGUUAUGCUGACGCUACAGGAGUUUGGAAUACACGAUCCCAGCUCGAAUUUCUCGCUGUGCGAGGUGAGUGUUGGCGAGGGCGGCAUGGUAAAGCAACGUCGUCUGCCCGAUCAGCUACAAAAUCUUGCCGAACGCAUCAGCUUUGCGGCUCGCUAUUAUUUAAAGCUGAACGACAGCACGGAACCGCUGGUCCCAGACGAAUUGGCGCUGGAAUUGGUGCGUGAGUCGAGUGUCCAUUUUCUUCAGCUCAAUGCCUACGAGCUGGCCAUACAGCUGACACUGCAGGACUUUGCCAAUUUUCGCCAGAUCGAGUCUACUGAAUAUAUAGACGAGCUCUUUGAACUGCCCUCGAAAUAUGGCGUGCCUAUGCUCUCCAAAUUUGCAGAUUUGGUCAAUCGCGAAAUGUUCUGGGUAGUGAGCGAAAUAUGUACGGAGCACAACAUCGUGCGACGCAUGAAGAUCGUGAAACAAUUUAUCAAGAUUGCACGCCAUUGCAAGGAAUGUCGCAAUUUUAAUUCCAUGUUCGCCAUUAUUUCGGGACUGGGACAUGGCGCGGUGUCGCGUUUACGUCUCACCUGGGAAAAAUUGCCCUCGAAAUAUCAGCGUUUGUUCAAUGAUCUUCAGGAUCUGAUGGAUCCCUCGCGCAAUAUGUCCAAAUAUCGGCAGCUUGUCUCGGCGGAACUUCUGGCCCAGCAUCCCAUAAUACCCUUUUAUCCCAUUGUCAAGAAGGAUCUAACUUUCAUACACUUGGGCAAUGAUACGCGAGUGGAUGGACUCAUUAACUUCGAGAAGCUGCGCAUGCUGUCCAAGGAGGUGCGACUCCUGACGCACAUGUGUAGUUCGCCCUACGAUUUACUCGCCAUACUCGAACUCAAAGGUCAAUCGCCCUCCAAUGCGCUCUUUUCACUCAAUCAGAUGUCUGCAUCGCAAACAAAUGCUGCGACCGGCACCGUCAUUGCGGCAAAUGCUGGACAGGCAACCAUUAAGCGACGCAAGAAGAGCACUGCCGCUCCCAAUCCUAAGAAAAUGUUCGAAGAAGCGCAAAUGGUGCGCCGCGUCAAGGCCUACUUGAACAGUCUGAAGAUAAUCAGCGAUGAGGACAUCCUCCACAAAUUGUCGCUCGAAUGCGAGCCGGCGCAUGGCUCCACGUAUUCGGGCAGCAUUUCACAUGGCAAUACAUCGCAUCGCAGUGUUGGCGGCGGCAGUAUCGGUGGUGGCAGCAACAUCGGCGUCAGUAGCGGCAAUUCCGGCAAUGCCGGCGAUCAGCUGAGCAUCUAUUCACAUACCUCAUCCUCAUCGGCGCCCAAUUCGUCGCUGUCAUUACGCAAACGACAUCCAAGCUCCCCGACACUCUCCACCACCAGUUCGACAAGCUCCACCAGCGAUCACAAUCGACGACAGCUGCACAACAAUGGACCCAAAUUUGGCACCGCCUCACCACAAGCGGUUAAGAAAAUGCUGGCCCUUUCGGAAUCCUCGAAGGUUCGACCACAUCAGCCGUUUGUACCGCGACACGGUUCGGCUAUACCGGGCGUCAUUCCGCCGCUGCAUCACAUGCAUGCGGCACAUGGCUUCACCACGCCCGUGGCUUUGGGCGGCCCCAACACCACGCCGCUCGUCAAUUCACAGUGCACGCCCAGUCCUAGUCCCUGCGCACAUCGCCGGCUGGCCUCGAGUGGCAAUAUCAUUCCCGCACGCGCCAUACACGAGCGUUCGCACUCAGAUACGCCAGCGCCCCCACCACCGCUGCCUUCUGUGGAUUUGUCGGUGGAGAGCAGUAGUGUGACUACUUUUCGUGAUUUACCGCUUCGCAAAUCCGUGACUUCCGGUUCCGUUUCAUCGUGCGACAGUGGGCACGGCUCGUACGCCCAACAGCAGCCACAGCAGCAGCACCCACUACCACACCACACACAACACCACCACCAGCACCACACAACAUUCCAGCAUGAGCCACCACCGCUCAGUGCGCCUGUUUAUACGGCCGCCGAUUGCCGUCUCUUGCAACAAAUUUCGAACAAUGCCGUGACUCGCAAUCUAAAUAGUCCGUGCCAGAGCACAAAUACACCGCCAAGCACACCCACACCACCACCAACACCACUCCAACAGCAACAACAACAACAGCUAGCUGCACCUCCAGUGCCCUAUUUGCAUAUGCGCAGCGUUUCUAACUAUCAAGCACAGCAGCAACAACAGCAACAAGUGGCUAUGCCACCACCACCGCCACCACCAUACAAUGUGCCACCGCUGGCCAGUCUAUAUAAUCAUCAUCAUGGCAAUGCUGGCAGUAGACAUAUGAGUCAUAUGCAUGGUGGCCCGCCAAACUUUAUGGAUAACACUAAGUGUACCAUACCAAUGCCACCCAUGAAUCAAUAAAUCAAACUGUGCUGUUUUAACUGAAUGUUAAUUUAAUUAGUUCUUUUACUUUCUUGCUUGCAGCAUAUAUAGAUGCCAAAAUUUGUUAAUGGUUGUGGUUUCCAUUUGACCAACAAACACACACACACGUAAACAAGGAAGGACACACCGACCCGUUUUGUGUGCUCUCAAUAUGCUCAUAAAUAUAUAUAUAUUAUAUAUUAUCAUCAACCAGCGUCAACUGCGUGCCCCAUGUUCGUAGAUUUAAGCAUCAUCAUGUUAAGUUACGCUCUCAUCUAAGUUGCUUGCAUUUUAUAUUAAUUUAGCAGAAUUUAAUGUGUACAUUCUCCGAUUUGUUGCCUUCACAAACCAAACGUCGUCUCGUCUGCAGGCAGACCCAGCGCGCAGACCCAAUCAAAAAUGUUGCAAUCAAAAAACUCUCGAAGAACUUUAAAGACUCGUCGGCAUUUAAAGCUAUUUAGAAAUUUUGCCCAGCACAUCAACGAGACAACACACCAAAACCGACUCUCUUAUUGCACCUAUUUCGUAAGUCAGGCUCUGAAACUUUGAAUCAAACUCGUAACUCAAAAAAGACACUCGUGUGUCAUUCCAUCUAUGUAUACUUUAACUUUUAUAUAUAGAGAUGUACAAGCUAGUUAUAUGUUUACACAAAAAGAAAACCUUCGCUCCAAUUCCAAAUAUUUAGUUGAUAAGCGCUCUUUAGCAACAGUUUCCAUAGGUUUUCCCCAAAACAUUGUAUUUAUUUACACAAUAAUAAUAAUUAAUAUGCAAUAUUUGUAAAAGCACGAACCACAAUAACAAAAAGACAGUCUAUCUGAUGACAACCCACAAAAAGUACAAGAAACUCGAAAAUGGUCAACAAAAGACACAAAACCUGAGACUUAAAGAAUUUUUUUUGUAUAUCUUUUUCUCACACGUAAAGGACUCCAAUAUUUUUGUGUGUUUAUAUAUAAAUGCAUAUACUAUAUACAAGAAUCUAUCUAUAUAUAUAUAUAUAUACACGCCUAUAUAUACAAUCAUGAAAUAACCAUGAAAAAUGAAGCCCAAUUAGUUUAAUUUAAAUUUAAAAGAAAAGUAACGCAAUUGAUUGUUUAUUGCUUAUUUUAGCUAAAAAGCAAACGCUAAAUAUAUAUGUAUGUAUACAUGUGCCCUUUUGUGUUUAAGUUUAAGAACAUUUCUUGCUUUUUAAGGCUUACAAAAAUUAAUUAAAACCGCACUUGCUUCAAACUAUUUUAAUAAUACGUAUAUGUAAAUGCUUAAAUUCAAACAGCUAGUGGAAUGGAUGCUCUGCAAAAAAGGGGUGGCAGAAUUGUGAAAGAAGGGAGGACUUUUUUAGCUCCCGUUGUCACGCCUCAGUCAGAGCUCCAAUUCCCCAAGCGCAGCUCGAACACAUGACAAAAUUUAAUUACAGAAAAUACAAAUCAUUUUAUUCAUAUACUUUUAAUUAAUUAUUUUAGAGUUACAUAUCUUAUGUCUCACAUAAAAAGAGCAUAGCCUUCCAUUUGUUUAAUUGCUUCUGGUAAAAAAUGAAAAAUAAAUAGUUAAUUGAAAAAUAGUAUUCAGUUGUAAGUCAAUAAUAUUUAUUGAUGGCUGACAUUUUCACAUUUAUGAUUUAUUUAACAUAGAAAUGAGUUGCACCUAGUAAUCUGUUGUUAAAGUUAUGCUUCUUUUAUCUGAGACCGACUAUAUGUCCCAUUUUGUCGUGUAUGUAUGUACAUAUGAAUUGAGAAUUAAAUCGAAAAUAAAAAUACAGUAUUUAAAAACAAAA